CCAUCUACAACUACGAUGCUGUGCAGGAUGUGGAGCUGUCCUUGCAGGUGGGAGACACUGUGCACAUCUUGGAGAUGUACGAAGGCUGGUACCGAGGAUACACACUCAGGAAUAAGGCUAAGAAGGGCAUUUUCCCAGAAACAUAUAUCCAUUUGAAGGAGGCAAUCGUGAAGGACCGAGGACAACAUGAAACUGUGAUUCCCAGUGAAUUGCCCCUUGGCCAGGAACUCACUUCCACCCUGAGGGAAUGGGCAGUUAUCUGGCACAAGUUAUAUGUGACUAACAAGACAACUCAGUUCCGACACGUCCAGCAGCUCACCUACAGCCUGAUAGAGUGGAGAUCACAGAUCCUUUCAGGAACACUGCCCAAGGAUGAGCUGGCUGAGCUCAAGAAGAAAGUCACUGCCAAGAUUGACUAUGGCAACAGGAUCUUGGGUCUGGACCUGGUUGUACGAGAUGACAAUGGGAACAUCCUGGACCCAGAUGAAACAAGCACAAUCUCUCUCUUCAAGGCUCAUGAAACUGCAUCCAAAAGGAUUGAUGAAAGAAUCCAGGAGGAGAAGUCCCUGCAGCAGAGCCUGGAUCUCCGUGGGCAGCCAAUAUUCAACUCCACACACACAUACAGCCUCUAUGUCAACUUCAAGAAUUUUGUCUGCAAUAUUGGAGAGGAUGCAGAGCUCUUAAUGAGCCUCUAUGACCCUGAUCUCUCCAAGUUCAUCAGUGAGAAUUACCUGGUACGUUGGGGCAGCAAUGGGAUGCCUAAGGAAAUUGAGAAACUAAACAACCUUCAAGCAGUUUUUACA